UAUAAGUUUCUGCCUUGUUCUGUAGAAGCCGAGUCACAGUGGAAGAGAAAUGAGUGGAUACGCAAUUCCCAGAAGCGAGUUGACUCACCAUCGACUCUACGACUUCGCCAAAACAGCCCUCAUCAAGAUCUUCUCCCACCCUUAUGUCAUGGUUUGUGACUUGUACUGUGGAGGAGGAUUGGACAUUGAUAAGUGGGAAAGUGCUCAAAUUGCUAACUACAUUGGCAUUGAUGUAUCUUCUUCAGGAAUUAGUGAAUUAAGAGAAGCAUGGGAGAGCCAGAGAAAAAACUACAAUGCUGAGUUCUUUGAGGCCGACCCUUGUGCUGAAAAUUUAGAAACUCAAUUGCAAGAGAAGGCUGGUCAAGCUGAUUUGGUUUGCUGCUUGCAGCAUUUGCAGAUGUGUUUUGAAACUGAGGAAAGAGCAAGGAGACUUCUACACAAUGUGUCAUCUUUGCUUAAACCAGGGGGUUAUUUUCUUGGUAUUACUCCUGACUCAUCUACCAUAUGGGCAAAAUACCAGAAGAAUGUUGAAGCAUACCACAACAAAGGUGGCAGCAUGAAGCCCAACAUAGUUCCAAAUUGCAUUCGAUCGGAAAGCUAUAUGAUCACCUUUGAAGUGGAGGAAGAGAAGUUUCCAUUAUUUGGAAAGAAAUACCAACUGAAAUUUGCUAGUGACACAUCUGCUGAAACCCAUUGCUUGGUUCAUUUCCCAAGUUUGAUCAGGUUGGCCAGGGAAGCUGGUCUUGAGUAUGUUGAGAUUCAGAACUUAAAUGAAUUUUAUGAUGAUAACAGACCACUAUUUGUAGGCAUGCUGAUGAGUUAUGGUCCAAAUCUCAUUGACCCAAGAGGGAGGCUUCUUCCCAGAUCAUAUGAUGUAUUAGGCCUAUAUACCACAUUCAUAUUUCAAAAGCCUGACCCAGAUGUCGCUCCUCCACUUGCAACCCCAUUACUGCAAGAUGAUGAGAGAGAGUGGCCGGAAGUGGUUAUCUGGAGAGAUGAUGACCAGAACAGUCAUGCAGAACCACCGAUUGGACUCGGCAAGAUAAGUGAACAGAAAGGGAUUUUAGGUCCAGGCCCUGCUGAUCUACGUUUCCCUGAGGCUCUUUAACCUGUUGCUUCUGCAGAAAAAAACACCAGAUAGAUAUAGGCAAAACUCUGAUGUUACUGUGGUUACAAAUCCUGUUGAUGUAACUCUAAACAUGGUGGGAAUGACUCUGUGUCUGGUAAAUUUUUCUGUUCUUAGAUGAAACUGUUUAUACUCUAAACUUUUGCAUAAGGGUCUCUUAUUCUUGGGUGGAUAGAUAAAGUUGUGCUUCCUGUACAUCACAUUCUGUUUUCAGUUUGAAUGAGAUUCUUUGACAAUCA